CUCUUUGGGUCAUUGUUAAUUCCAUGUAUCGAUUUUUAGGGUUGAAGAGACUUGUUUGUAACUUUGACCAAUUGUCUACUCUUUUUAGACCACAAUGUUAGUAAGUAUGUAGGUAGGACUUGUUUCGAAUGUGAUGAUUUAUUUAGGCCCAGACAAAUUAUUUACUAGACCCAUUGUUGUUCUAUUAUUUACUGUUUGAAAGAAGUUGUUUUUGUCGUUGAUUGUUUACUAGUAUUUCAAAGAAAAGGGUAUGCAUAGUUUAAACUUCAAGGAAAUCCCUUAUAUAUAGUAAAAUUAAAAGAAAUUCCACAAUUAGAUUUCGUAAUACAAUUUUCUAUAACAAAACCUAGUUAAUUAGUCCACAUGUCCUAGCUCUUACCCACUCAGCCCGCAUAUUCCUCACGCUUUCUUUUUAUUUUCCGAAAUUUUUUAAACGGCUACCAAAUCAAAAUGCAUAAAUAAACAAACCCUUCUCUUCUUUACCAAUUCCCAAAUCCACCAAAAAAAAAAAAAUGGAGACGUUAUCGAGAAGCCUAAGUAAGAGCUUAGGAGAGUUGUUAGCGAGUAAUAGUAAUAACCAUUUCUCAAGGAGAAGCGGUUCAACGAUAGAUGAUCACGAUGAGGAAGCUCUUAAAUGGGCUGCUCUCGAGAAACUUCCAACCUUUGCUCGUCUUCGUACCACUAUCAUUCAUCCUCACGAAGAUCUCGUCGACGUUACCAAGCUCGGUGUUGAUGAUCGCCAGAAGUUCAUCGAUUCUAUCUUCAAAGUCACCGAGGAAGAUAACGAGAAGUUCUUGAAAAAGUUUAGGAAUCGAAUCGACAGGGUGCGGAUAAAGCUACCGACAGUGGAAGUGAGAUUCGAGAAAGUAACGAUAGAGGCGAAUUGUCACAUAGGAAAAAGAGCUCUUCCCACAUUACCCAACGCUGCUUUAAACAUUGCAGAGAGAGGUCUUCGUUUGCUUGGUUUUAACUUUACAAAAACCACUAAAGUCACUAUUCUUAGAGACGUCUCCGGGAUUAUCAAACCUUCAAGAAUGACACUUUUAUUAGGUCCACCAUCAUCAGGGAAAACAACUCUUUUAUUAGCGUUAGCUGGAAAACUAGACCAAAGCUUAAAGGUGACAGGGAGAGUAACAUACAAUGGGCAUGGAUUGGAAGAGUUUGUGCCACAGAAAACAUCAGCAUACAUAAGCCAAAACGAUGUUCAUGUUGGAGUCAUGACUGUCCAAGAAACUCUUGAUUUUUCUGCUAGAUGUCAAGGAGUUGGCACUAGAUAUGAUUUGUUAAGUGAGUUGGUGAGAAGAGAGAAGGACGCAGGGAUCUUGCCGGAACCGGAAGUGGAUCUCUUCAUGAAGUCCAUUGCAGCUGGAAAUGUCAAGAGCAGUCUCAUCACAGACUAUACUCUCAGAAUAUUAGGGCUUGACAUAUGCAAAGAUACGGUGGUCGGAGAUGAGAUGAUUCGAGGAAUCUCGGGAGGUCAAAAGAAAAGAGUCACAACAGGAGAGAUGAUAGUAGGACCAACAAAGACAUUGUUCAUGGAUGAGAUAUCGACAGGUCUAGACAGUUCAACAACGUACCAAAUAGUGAAAUGCCUUCAAGAGAUUGUUCGGUUCACGGACGCAACGGUUCUCAUGUCCUUAUUACAACCAGCUCCUGAAACGUUCGAACUUUUCGAUGACAUCAUUCUAUUGUCUGAAGGACAGAUCGUGUACCAAGGUCCACGUGAUCAUGUUCUUACCUUCUUUGAAACUUGCGGUUUCAAGUGUCCCGACCGCAAAGGCACCGCAGAUUUCUUGCAAGAGGUAACUUCAAGGAAAGACCAAGAACAGUAUUGGGCAGACUCAAAAAAACCAUACAGUUACAUUUCUGUCUCUGAAUUCUCCAAACGAUUCAGAACCUUCCAUGUCGGAGCCAAUCUUGAAAAAGAUCUAUCAGUCCCUUACGACAGAUUCAAAUCACACCCAGCUUCUCUCGUCUUCAAGAAACACUCUGUUCCGAAAUCUCAACUCUUCAAGGUCUGUUGGGACAGAGAAUUGCUUCUCAUGAAACGUAACGCUUUCUUCUACAUUACCAAAACAGUUCAAAUUAUCAUUAUGGCUUUGAUUGCGUCGACCGUGUACCUGAGAACGGAGAUGGGAACAAAGAACGAGAGUGAUGGAGCCGUCUACAUCGGUGCGUUGAUGUUCUCCAUGAUCGUUAACAUGUUUAAUGGAUUUGCAGAGCUUGCUUUGAUGAUUCAGAGACUUCCCGUGUUCUACAAGCAACGAGACCUUUUGUUUCAUCCUCCUUGGACCUUCAGUCUUCCAACAUUUCUCUUGGGUAUUCCUAUCUCCAUCUUCGAAUCUGUUGUUUGGGUCACCAUUACUUAUUACAUGAUCGGAUUUGCUCCAGAACUCAGCAGGUUCUUGAAGCAUUUGUUGGUGAUAUUUCUGACACAGCAAAUGGCUGGUGGUAUAUUUAGGUUCAUCGCGGCAACUUGCAGAUCGAUGAUUCUUGCUAAUACGGGAGGAGCUCUAGUUAUCCUCCUCCUCUUCUUGCUUGGAGGGUUCAUUGUUCCUAGAGGUGAGAUACCUAAAUGGUGGAAAUGGGCUUACUGGGUUUCACCAAUGGCUUACACUUACGAUGCUUUAACUGUCAAUGAAAUGCUUGCUCCUAGAUGGAUUAAUCAACCGUCUUCUGAUAACUCCACGAGCUUAGGGUUGGCUGUUCUUGAGAUUUUCGAUAUUUUCACGGAUCCAAACUGGUAUUGGAUCGGGGUAGGAGGCAUUCUCGGGUUUACGGUUCUCUUUAACAUCCUCGUUACCCUCGCUCUUACAUUCCUAAACCCACUUGAGAAACAGCAAGCCGUUGUUUCAAAAGAAAAUACAGAGGAAAACAGAGCAGAGAACGGCUCAAAGAGUAAGAGCAUUGACGUGAAAAGAGGAAUGGUUCUACCUUUUACUCCUCUCACAAUGUCCUUCGACAACGUAAACUACUACGUCGACAUGCCUAAGGAAAUGAAGGAACAAGGAGUUUCCAAGGAUAAGCUUCAGCUACUAAAGGAAGUGACAGGGGUCUUUAGGCCAGGGGUAUUAACAGCUUUGAUGGGAGUUAGUGGAGCUGGUAAGACCACUUUAAUGGAUGUUUUAGCUGGUAGAAAAACCGGUGGUUACAUCGAAGGAGACAUCAGAAUCUCUGGUUUCCCUAAAAGACAAGAAACCUUUGCAAGAAUCUCUGGUUAUUGUGAACAGAACGAUAUCCACUCACCGCAAGUUACUGUCAAAGAGUCUCUCAUCUACUCUGCUUUCCUUCGUCUCCCAAAAGAAGUCACUAAAUAUGAGAAAAUGAGAUUUGUGGAUGAAGUGAUGGAGCUAGUAGAGCUAGAGAGUCUAAAAGACGCGGUGGUGGGGCUUCCAGGUAUCACAGGGUUAUCAACAGAGCAGAGGAAGAGACUUACAAUUGCAGUGGAAUUAGUGGCGAAUCCAUCUAUAAUCUUCAUGGAUGAGCCAACCUCUGGUCUUGACGCUAGGGCUGCAGCGAUUGUGAUGAGGACAGUGAGGAAUACAGUUGACACAGGAAGAACUGUGGUCUGCACAAUCCACCAACCUAGCAUUGAUAUCUUUGAAGCUUUUGAUGAACUUCUUCUUUUGAAGAGAGGAGGACAAGUGAUUUAUGCUGGUCCUUUAGGUCAAAACUCUCACAAGAUUAUCGAAUAUUUCCAGGCGAUUCAUGGAGUUCCGAAGAUUAAAGAGAAGUAUAAUCCGGCGACAUGGAUGCUAGAAGUGAGCUCAAUGGCUGCAGAAGCUAAGCUUGAGAUAGAUUUUGCUGAGCAUUAUAAAACAUCAUCCUUAUAUCAACAAAACAAGAAUCUUGUAAAGGAACUAAGCACACCACCACAAGGAGCAAGCGAUCUCUACUUCUCAACGCGGUUCUCACAAUCAUUGUUAGGACAAUUCAAAUCUUGUUUGUGGAAGCAGUGGAUAACUUACUGGAGAACUCCUGACUACAAUCUAGCAAGAUUUUUCUUUACAUUGGCUGCAGCUGUCAUGCUCGGAUCAAUUUUCUGGAAAGUUGGCACAAAAAGGGAAAACGCUAAUGAUCUUACAAAGGUUAUUGGAGCAAUGUAUGCUGCUGUUUUAUUCGUGGGCGUAAACAACUCUUCAUCUGUCCAACCGCUAAUAGCCGUGGAAAGAUCUGUAUUCUAUAGAGAAAGAGCUGCUGAAAUGUACUCUGCUUUACCUUAUGCCCUAGCACAGGUGGUAUGCGAAAUACCGUAUGUGCUGAUCCAAACUACAUAUUAUACACUAAUUAUAUACGCCAUGAUGUGUUUCGAAUGGACAUUGGCCAAAUUCUUUUGGUUUUACUUCGUAUCAUUUAUGUCCUUCCUCUACUUCACAUACUAUGGGAUGAUGACAGUUGCCCUCACCCCAAAUCAGCAAGUUGCAGCUGUUUUUGCCGGAGCUUUCUACGGACUUUUCAACCUCUUUUCUGGUUUUGUCAUUCCUAGACCGAGAAUUCCGAAAUGGUGGAUAUGGUAUUACUGGAUCUGUCCAGUGGCUUGGACUGUGUAUGGAUUGAUUGUUUCGCAGUACGGUGACGUGGAGGAUACGAUUAAAGUUCCGGGUAUGGCAAAUGAUCCGACGAUAAAGUGGUACAUUGAAAACCACUAUGGAUACGACGCAGAUUUUAUGAUACCGAUUGCUACUGUGUUAGUGGGCUUUACUCUCUUUUUUGCGUUUAUGUUUGCUUUUGGCAUAAGAACGCUCAACUUCCAACAACGAUAGGGUGUAGUUGCCUGCCGGAUAUGUUUGGCGUGAAGUAGAAAAAAAUGAAAAAUGAGGGUUUAUGCCAUAUAGUUUGUGAUUGAUGCUUUAUUGAUUGUAAGUAAAGUGUACAAUAUAUACAACACAAUAGAUUGUGGGGAGAAUUUACAAGGACAAAUCUAAUUAUAAUUAACUUAAGAUCUAAAUUUAUGUAUAUCCUAACAGUUAUAUCCGUUUUGUACACU